AUGAUCGAACUGAACAUCUUAUCACCAAUACUUGGCUUCAUUGAUUUGAACUCGCAGUCUGUUUGGAGUCCACCUCAAUUCUGGCAUCUUUUCGAGCAUGCAAUAUUUACUUUGAUCGUACUUGCACCGAAACUACCCCGGGAAUUUAUUAAAUACGAUGGAACCGAAAAAUUCUCCUAUUUUUCGGUGAGCCAAAUUUUUCGAUGGACCAUUCCCGAUAGAGUAAUAACAACUCUGAGGAAUAUUCUAACGCCAUUUCUAGACAUUAUCGAUUGUAUUCUACAUAACGAUAAAUUAACCAUCGAACAUCAGAGAAUUCUUACGAUACUAUUCAUCAGUGCAGACGAAAUAAUUAGAGGAAAAGCAGACCUUCAAUUGUUGUACGGAUACUACAAUAUAAGAAUUACUCAACAAUUGUUAAACAAAUAUCUUCAUCAUCGAAAAGACGAUGAUAUGGAUCAGCGUCUCUUGCUAGCGAUUGGUUCCUAUAUUUGGGGAUCUAUAGUACCAUGUGCAAUAUAUUUGAAGGAGUUUGUCAACGAGAGUAUGAUCUACGCUAUAAUCGACGUGAUCGAUAUCGCAUCUUCUCCUGUCAGAUGUUUAUUUCUCGGUCUAUUAACAGAUAUUUGUGAAAAUAUCUUUUGUGGUCAUUAUCUAUGUACUUGGCGUGGUGUGGAUAAGAACAAAGGAUUUAUUUCCUUGCUGGCGAUGAUUUGGAGAGAAGAGGAAAGAGAAAUCGGUGUGAAGAAACGAUUGGAUGGCUCGAUCGCAGGUGAAUCUCGAAGAUCGAUCGUUGACGAGCAAUUCUUCACGUACGAUCUUUUUUAUUUGUACACAGACACCGAAUUACCUCAGAUGGGUCUCAAACAAUGGUUAGGAACUUAUCAUAACAAACUUAGCCACGAAGUUAGUCCUGCGAUGAUCGACUUGAUUGGCUCGUCUAGAUCCAAGAUUUAUGCUCUUCGUCAAAUUAUCGAGAGAUAUGGAGAACAAUAUCAGAUGGCUAAAGAUCAUUACAAGAUUCUAAUCAAUGAUUUAUCCAUCGAAGAUAGCAUUACAAUGUCCACUGCGAAUCUUUACUUUCAAUUAAAAAUUGGACAGACUUGGAUCGAGAUCAUCAAGUAUUUAGCUCAGCUAGGUGUUACACCAUUAGGAAUGGACGGUCAACUUAUGUUUCUAAUGUCGCAAAGAUAUCAUUCCUGGGGUCUUUUUAUUCAGGAACGUCAAAAUAAACUUAAUGCCGCUGCUAAGAACAGCGAAGAAAUCAAGGAAAAGGACGAAUACGCUAGAAUUCGUGAUUCGUUGCUAGCACCAACGUUCGAUGCUCUGGACGAGAUCGAGUAUAUUCGUAGAACAACCGAUAGAUUUUACAUGUUACGAAAAAAGACUAUUCAAAAUCAACAGGUGAACACGUGUCUUAGUUUUCCUUCGAUCGCUGAUAUCAUACAGUGUCAUAGAACGUUUCAAGAUAACGUUAAUGUUACGGCAGUUUUCAAUCAGCAUCUUCAUCUUAUCGGUAAAGUUACAGUCGAUCCCGACACCGAUCUAACGCUACCCUCGCCUAUUUCUCCAGAAGAUUUGUCCUUGUGGAUGAAUUCUUCUUUCUACGACCUUUCCUUUUCAGAAGAUUUGUCUUGCGUAGAAAACUUGUCCUUUGAAAAUUCGGCUGUGGAAUGAAAGAGAAGACGGUUAAAAGCGCCCUCUACGUCAGUCGAAUUUGGAAGCUUUCUUCUUUAUCGUUAAUAAGAAAUAGCACUUUAUCGACGUAAAGAAGAUAAUAAAGUAUCAUCGCUGUUUUACCCUCCUCGUUUCGAACUUCAUAAAUUUGGAUUAGUCCCUUCGUUUGCGUUGCUCAUAAUUGAUUCCAAGAGAAUACUUCUUCUCGUACAAAUGCGGAAGCUUUGAGCGUAGCAAAUAGUAAUU